GAGAUGGAAAAAAACUGACAGCUGUAGGAACCCACAAAUAGGUGACUUGGCGAGAUCCGUCAUCCUGAGCACAGGCGAAUCCUUGUGCUUUAAUCAACUGGAGAUGAUUGGCUGCAAGGGAUCUGCCGAUUUGGGAAGGAGCUACAGGGUUCACAACAGCAGCUGGAGGUCUCCAAGUAGGUGCUGCGUUGGGAUAGGAGGUGGAACAUGUGCUUGGAAGGCUCCAGGCGAAUGAACCAUUCAACGCUUUGUAAUGCUAGAGUCGUUAGCUAACUAGUUUCCAUAAGGGUGAAGUUUAGUUUUUGUCCUGCUGGUUUGCAGGCUGGUUUGGAUCCUUAAAUGACACGAUUUGUUGAGGAAACAUAUAUAUACCUUCCCGAACAAGUCAAGACUGGACAAGCCAAAGCCCACGUCCCCUGCACCCAGACCAAUUGGAAGUACCAUUGAGUUAUAGUUUGUUAGGCACAAAGGAAGAUUUCUGUUUAAAAUCAUCACGCGAAGUGGCAUAGUUUAAGUGAAGCACAUCCGUUUAUAAUUUUAUACAUAGUUUCCUUGAUGUGUAAUUAUCAAGCAAAACAUUCUCAAUACUAGCACUCUAUAUCACAAAUUUAAGCUACAUUAAUAUGCCAAUCAAAUAAAAUAUUGUUAAAUAUCUAAGGAGAAUGAAUAUAAAACAAUAUAUAAAAUACUUGAAAGAACAAUAGAACUGGAACGUCUAAAUCAAGCAACAUGCUUAUAAGACAAAGGCCAAGAAAAAGAAAAGGAACCGAUUGUUUAAAUGCACAUGCUCCAUAACGCAAAGCAUAACCAAGGUAAGAAUGUGAUGAACCUCAUCAAAUAAAUCCUCGGUUUUGAUUUUAUUUUUUGUAAAUAUUUUUUUCACCACCUUCUAAUUUGUUGUAUUUAUGUAAUAUAAUUUGUUAAUUGCGGAAUAUACUGAAAGCACUAUGAUGCAGGCAUGCAUGAGGGGUUCACCAGCUAAUGCCCAUGUUGUAUAUGCUCCAAUAGAGGAAGUAAGUGGAGAUGGACGCUUGUUACGUGCUUGCCAGGUUAUCAUUGAUGCUUAUGUGGAAGCAGGUCUUGUUCUUCAAAAGGAUGCUCGUCAUUCUUUAAAGCUCCAUGCCACUUUGAUGAAUUCCAGACAUAGAAAAAGAAAGAUGCAUACUAUAAGAAAUGAUUCAUUUGAUGCACGAGAUAUAUUUAAGAGAUAUGGUUCAGAAGAUUGGGGUGAAUAUGUCAUUCGGGAGGCACAUCUUUCUCAGAGAUUUGUUUAUGAUAAAAGCGGAUACUACCGUUGCUGUGGCUCAAUACCCUUUCCUAAGUCUGGUGUAACUGAUGGUUGUUGAUGGCAUACCGACAGA